AUGAACCGAGCUUAUCUGGAUCUUGAGUCGGUCUCAGCUCGAUCGUCGGUUGCUUCAACUCGAUCGAGCACAUCCGACUACGAAGAUGAAGACGGUGAUAUUGGACCCGAAGAUUAUAUUAAAAUAGCUGGCAAUUCCAUCUCAGAAGUUGGAGAUGUUUCGAAUAUGGCCAUGGUGGAUUUGAGAUCAAUUGCUGAAUGUAUGAUUUCGUCUAGAUAUGGUAAAGAAUGCGUGAAGAUAUACAAAAUUAUAAGGAAAUCGAUAGUUGAUGAAGGCAUAUAUAGACUCGGAGUUGAGAAAUUGAGCUCUUCACACCUACGUAAGAUGGAUUGGGAGGUUUUGGAGCAGAGAAUCAAGAAUUGGUUAAACGCUGUGAGGAUCGCGAUUAAAACUCUCUUCAAUGGAGAGAGAAUUCUUUGCGAUCACGUCUUUGCAUCCUCGAAAAUAAUCAGAGAGUUAGUUUAUACUGAGGUAAUUAAAGAAGGAGCGUCAAUCCUGUUUGGAUUCCCGGAAAAUGUGGCAAGAAACAGCAAGAAAUCGCCGGAAAGAGUUUUCCGGACUCUCGACAUGUACACGGCCAUUGCCAAUCACUGGCCGGAGAUCAAGUCCAUCUUCUCCUUCGAAUCAACCUCAAAAAUUCGAUCUGAAGCACUGACAUCACUCGUCAAGCUCAGCGAAUCUAUUUACCACUGCCUUGGGAAAUCUUCUUCGCCGGAAUCGUACUUCGACACGUCCGAUUUCGAAGACUUUCCGUUACCGGCGAUUUCUCUCCGAUUCGCUUGGCUAAUACUCGUCUUACUCUGCAAACUCAACGGCAAGGCCAAGCACUACAAAGACGAUUCGCUCUCAUACCUCUUCUUAGCCAAAAACUUAAACUACGUCGUUUCUAAAGUCCGUAUGUCGAACAUGAAGUAUUUACUCGGCGACGAUUGGUUAACCAAGCACGAAACAAAAGUCAAACAGUUUGCACUGAACUACGAACGGAUAGCAUGGAGCCGCGUCGUAGGUUCCCUCCCGGAGGAUCCGACAGUAGUAACAUCACCAGAGGAAGUGAAGGAGUGUUUUAAGAGAUUUAAUUCAUUGUUUGAUCAGGCGUACAAGAGGCAAUCUGUAUGCGUCGUACCUGAUAGUAAGCUCCGAGACGAAAUCAAAGUUUCCCUCGCCAGAAAGCCAGAAAGCUUGUUGGGGUGUAUCGGGAGUUCUAUAGUGCUCAUAGGCUUGUGA